UCCGUGCGGCGAGAAGAUGGCGGCGACGGGAGACGCGGCGUGAGGAGCCGGAGCAGCGCCGAGUCCCAUUGAAACGGGCCGCCAUGGCCCUCCACGGCCCGCAGUAUGUUUUUGGAGAUUUUAGCCCUGAUGAAUUCAAUCAGUUCUUUGUGACCCCUCGCUCUUCAGUUGAGCUCCCUCCGUACAGCGGAACAGCUCUGUGUGGCACUCAGGCUGCGGACGAACUGCCUGAUGGACAAGAGUAUCAGAGAAUUGAGUUUGGUGUUAUUGAAGUAAUUGAAUCCAGUGACACUCUGCCGAGAACGCCCAGCUACAGUAUUUCAAGCACACUGAACCCUCAGGCCCCUGAAUUCAUUCUUGGUUGUACAGCUUCCAAGAAGACCCCUGAUGGACUAGACCAGGAGGUGAACUCCAGCCCCCUCGACCGCUCAUACGCGGGCCCAGCCCUGGCCCACAGCUCACAUGCUGAGGCUGAGGCUCUGGAGAGCACCAAUGGCCCAGGUGACCUGGGACAGAGGGAGCGCAAAAGGAAGAAGAAGCGGCCGCCGGGGUACUACAGUUACCUGAAGGACGGGGGCAACGAGAGUACCUCCUCAGAAGCGCUGGUCAAUGGCCAUGGCAACUCAGCAGGCCCCAGCGGGGUGGGUGCUGAGGAUGCAGAGUUUAUGGGAGACGUGCUCCCACCACUUUCGCCUAGGACUUGUGACAGCCCUCAGAACCCCACGGACUUUAUCAGUGACACUGUGCCUGACGGUCCUUUCCCCAGAGCUCUUGACAGCACUUCGAGGACCGUGGGGCAGCCUGAGGGCUGUCGCGGGACUGAUUUUAGUGAGCAAGCCUGCUUCUCUGCAGAGCACCUGCUAAGGACAGCUGUGGCUCCACCCUGCGCUGCUACCGAUACUACUGAGAACCUUGGCAUUGCCAACGGACAAUUACUUGAAUCCUCGGGUGUGGGCACAGCUGCCAAUGGGGAGCUGCAUGCUGUGGAGAGCAUAGAGUUGGACGCAGCAAAGCUGGAACGCGCAUCCCCUCCUGCCAACAGCGCCGGCUCCAUGCCCAUUCCCGUUAGCCAGCCCGCCAAGUCCUGGGCCAGCCUCUUUCAUGAUGCUAAGCCCUCUUCCUCCUCAUCCGUGGCAUAUGUGGAAACUAAGUGUUCCCCUCCUGCCCCAUCUCCCUUGGUCUCUGAAAAGCAGGUUGAAGUCAAAGAAGGGCUUGUUCCAGUAUCAGAGGACCCCGUAGCCAUACAGAUUGCAGAGUUACUGGAGAACGUAACGCUAAUACAUAAGCCAGUGUCAUUGCAACCCCGUGGGCUGAUCAAUAAAGGAAACUGGUGCUACAUUAAUGCUACGCUGCAGGCCUUGGUCGCCUGCCCUCCGAUGUACCACCUCAUGAAGUUCAUUCCUCUGUACUCCAAGGUGCAGAGGCCUUGCACGUCGACACCGAUGAUAGAUAGCUUUGUACGGCUAAUGAACGAGUUUACCAACAUGCCUGUGCCACCAAAGCCCCGCCAAGCUCUCGGAGAUAAAGUCAUGAGAGACAUCCGACCUGGAGCUGCUUUUGAGCCCACGUACAUUUAUGGACUGCUGACCGUCAUCAAGUCCAGCCUGUCUGAAAAGGGUCGACAGGAGGAUGCCGAGGAGUACCUGGGCUUCAUCCUGAACGGACUGCAUGAGGAGAUGCUGAGCCUGAAGAAGCUCCUCUCGCCAGACGGUGAAAAGCUCAUGGUUUCAAAUGGGCCCAGAAGCCCCUUGGCUGAUGACGAUGAGCAGGAGGAACAAGGUGAAGGCAGCGAGGAGGAGUGGGAGCAAGUGGGACCCAGGAACAAGACCUCGGUCACCCGGCAGGCGGACUUCGUCCAGACUCCAAUCACGGGCAUUUUUGGUGGGCACAUCAGGUCAGUGGUUUACCAGCAGAGUUCAAAAGAAUCCGCCACUCUGCAGCCCUUUUUCACGCUGCAGCUGGACAUCCAGUCUGACAAGAUACGCACUGUGCAGGAUGCACUCGAGAGCCUGGUGGCCCGAGAGUCUGUCCAGGGUUACACCACAAGAACCAAACAAGAGGUUGAGAUAAGUCGGCGGGUGACUCUGGAGAAGCUGCCUCCUGUCCUCGUGCUGCACCUGAAGCGCUUCGUGUAUGAGAAGACCGGCGGCUGCCAGAAGCUGGUCAAGAACAUCGACUACCCCGUGGACUUGGAGAUCAGCAAGGAACUGCUUUCUCCAGGGGUUAAAAAUAAGAAUUUUAAAUGCCAUAGGACCUACAGGCUCUUUGCAGUGGUCUACCAUCACGGCAACAGUGCCACCGGUGGUCACUACACCACCGACGUCUUCCAGAUCGGACUCAAUGGCUGGCUGCGCAUCGACGACCAGACAGUCAAGGUGAUCCAGCAGCACCAGGUGGUGAAGCCCGCCGCUGAGCGCACCGCCUACCUCCUGUAUUACCGUCGAGUGGACCUGCUGUGAGCCUUGUGGGCCGCGAGUGUGUGCCUGACGCCACUGUGUAAAGCUGCAGCUCACUGGCUUCCUGCCUCUGUAGUGGCUCCUUAGAGAGACUGUCCCUUCUGCAAAAAUGUGCUAGGAUGGAGCGAUGCCUUGGGAUUCAUGUGCAACAUAGUUGUGUUGACUUCUGACUUCCAGAUCAAAAUCAUUUGGUUGAAGCAGACUGUCGAUUAAGAAAAUACAUAAGAACCCAUAAUUCUGAAAUAAUAAUCAUAAUUCUGAUUCCUUAUAGAAGAAAGGGAAACUUGCAUUUGAUUUGCAGUCUAAUUGCUUAGUAGAAUAAAUCUACACCAGCAACACUUGUAAAUUUGUGAAAAUGAAUUUUAUCUUUCCUUAAAGAAUAAAUUUUUUAAUCCAUCACACUUUCUUCCCCUCCCCUUUAGUUUUUGAUAAAUGAUUUAAAAUGAGCCAGUUAUGAGAGAAGAAAUAGUUCUUACUCCAAAGGAAAAAUAAAAAACAAGUUGCUGGUUCCUAAGAAAAAAAUACAUUUUAAUAACUGUGCGAUGAGACACUGCUUACAUACGUGUUGCGGCUCACAUGCCUGGAGCUAUGCGGUGGUGGUGGCGGCCUGCGGGGUGGGCGACUGCAGCCAUGGAGCCACUGCAGAGUCCAGGCCACUUCCGUGCUUCUGUGUGUGCACGGCACCGCGCGGCGAGGCGCGGAGACUGGCUGUUCCUGACAUCUGCUCUCCUUCUGCUGUCCAUCCCCUUCUGCUGCGCCCCAAUGUGCACAGUGAGACCUAGGAGUAUAAAGUUGUCACCCAUCAAUAAAAUCACAAAGUUGGUUUAG